AUGUGUUGUGUUUCAGUGAGCGAUCUGAGGAUUGUUCUUCUGGGGAAGAGCGUGUCAGAAAACAGUGGCGUGGGAAGCUUCAUCUUAGGACGAGCAGCGUUUGACGGUGAAGCUCCUCCAGAUGUUGUAGAGAGAGUCGGAGGAAGAUUGAAGGACAGACAUGUGAUGCUCAUCAACAGUCCUCAGCUGCUCCAGACAAACAUCUCAGAUCAUCAGCUCACACAGACAGCGAGAGAGUGUGUGUAUCUGUCUGAUCCAGGACCUCACGUGAUCGUUCUGGUGCUUAACCCUAAUCAGUGUUCGACAGAAGAUGAAGAGCGUGUGAAAAAGGUGCUGGACUCUUUCUCUGAGCGGGGUUUUCAACACACCGUGGUGCUCAGCACACAAGAGCCCACUGAAACCAAUGACAGCCUACAGAAAAUCAUUCAGAAAUGCUUCAACAGACAUGUCAGUCUUCAGAGGAGCAGCUCUCCUGACGAUCUUCUGCAGACGUUUGAGGACAUCGUGCAAACGAAUGCUGGAUGUCACCUGGUUUGUGCUGAAGGUUUGCAGUAUUUCACAAUGAAGGAACAGGCCAGAGCAAGACGUUACACAGAGAGUGAAGAUGAACUGAGGUUUGUGCUGCUGGGAAAAACUGGAGCUGGGAAGAGUGCAACAGGAAACACCAUCUUAGGAGGAGCUGCGUUUAAAGCAGAAACAUCUCAAGAGUCAGUUACUAAAAAGAAUCAGAGAGAAUCAUCCGACAUCAACGGCCGGUGUGUUACUGUGAUCGACACUCCAGGACUGUUCGAUACUGAACUGAGUAAUGAGGAGGUCCAGAAGGAAAUCAGCAACUGCAUCCCCAUGAUCCUGCCUGGUCCGCAUGUGUUCAUCAUUGUGCUCAAUGUAGGACAAAGAUUCACUCAAGAGGAGGCAAUAACUGUGAAGAUCAUCCAAGAGACGUUUGGUGAACACUCUCUAAUGUUCACCAUGGUGCUCUUCACCAGAGGAGAUGAUCUGAAGGACAAAACCAUUGAUCAGUGUUUGGGAAAACCUGGAUCUCCUUUGAUGAACCUUGUGGAAGCGUGUGGAAACAGAUACCAUGUGUUCAAUAAUAAUAAUCAGACUGGAGACCGAACACAGGUGACUGAUCUACUGCAGAAGAUAGACGCCAUGGUGGCAGCAAAUGGAGGGAGUUUCUACUCAUGUAAGAUGUUCAGAGAGAUGGAAAGAAAACAACAAGAGCAAGAGAUGAAGAUCCUAAUGGAAACAUUGGAGCAACUGAACCGAGAAAAAGAAGAACUGACGAAGAAACUAGAAGAAGAGACCGAAAGAAUGACGAUGAUGAUAGAGGAAGAAAGACAGAAUCAUGACAAAGAGAUAAAGAGACGAGAAGAAGAAUUAGAAGAAGAUGAGAAAGCAAAACAGGCUUUAGAUGAACGAUACCAGAGACUCCAGAGUGAAACGAAGGGAAUAAUCAGGGAAAAAGAGAGAAUAGAAAGAGAGAGACGAGGACAACAAGAGGAUUUGGAGAAGAGACUGGAUGAAGAAAGAAACGUAAGAGAAAACCAACAAAAGUCUUUUGACGGAAUCCUGAAACUCCUCGAAGAACAGUAUCAAGAUAAGCUUGAAAGAAGACUUGAGGAAGAAGUGAAGUGGAGAAAAUUGUAUGAAAGAGAGAAAGAAGAGAUUAAGAUCUGCUCUGAAAUCGAUGCUUCACGACAGGUCACGGCCUACAGAAAACUGGAGGCCGAAUACAAGAAAUGGUCCUGGAGUCUUUACAGUGCCAUGACGGAAACCGAGAUCAAAAUACUCAACCAGAUAGAAAACGAAGGGAUCCGCAAGGUUGAGGAAACUGAUCUUCAAAGAGACUUGAAGGAGACGAGUGAAGAAUUGAAAAAAUCUAUGUCGGAAUUCUUCGAGAACGACAGAGAUGCAGAUAUACUGAUUCGGUGGAAGACAUCAUUUGAAAUCCAACUCCGAGUGCUUGAGGAAAACAUCGUGAGAGAAACGAAGCAGAAAUUCAAUGAGAUUCUUCAGCAGCGUAACCUGAAGACUGUCGAUCACUGCAAUCAUCCAAAAAACACUGUCUAUGAAAAGAGCAAAGAACUCGCCCUAAAACUCAAAGGCAAAGCAAAAGAUGAAGAAACUCUGAAGAAGGAGUUCGAUUGGUUUUGGGAAAAGUGUGUGGUGAAGCUCAUCAGAAACACUCACUGGCUCAAAGACAUGGACAUCAUGAGAGAUGUAAAUCUCGUUCUUGGUGACAUCUAUAAAAGUUCUCCUGUGUAUAAACUGAAACAGAGCAAUGGGUACAACGAUAUUUUCAACAUGACAAGUUAUCCCGAGUGUGCUAUUUUCAAAAAGCCCUCAAUAAAAGGGAUUCAAGUGUCUCAAACUCUCAAAAAGCUGUCUGCAAAGGAUGACGCUCCAAUAAGAAAGUUCCUCAUUGAUGUCGGUCAGCAGACAGACAUAAUGUUUCAGUCGUUCAACAUUUCAAAGACGGGCUACAACAUCAGCUGCAUUCAACAACUCACACGUUUUAUCAUCGAGAGAGUGACCAAAUAUCAGGAAGCACGAGGGAAAUACGUGUUCACGGAUGAAUUCAUCAUGGAUUUGGUUUAUUCCAUCUGUAAGCGCAUUAACAUGACGAUCGCUGACCCUGUAAACUAUGUUGAGAAGCAGAGAUCGGAGUACUACAGAGUUUUCCAGAAAUACUGUCGUGAAGCUGCAUCAGCUGCUGUUUUUGCUCAGAACAUCUGUCAGAAACUCAUAGAGGCCAUUGAGCGGAGCGUCUACAAGAAGACUGCAGCUGACCUGGCAGACGAAAUGAGAACAAACUGUCCAUCACUGAAUGAAAACAGGUCAAAUCUGGAGAAGCACAUCCUGACAACACUGGCAGAAAAUGAGAAUUUUUCUACAUGCAUGAACUACAACCCCAAAAACCCAGAGAUUGGAUAUGAAGUCGGUCGAUACAUCACUGAUCAUUUCACUGUCAGUGUUUUACCCAAGUUGAAGGAAAAUAGUGAAUCACUGCAGCAGAACAUCAUGGAGAAAGCAUGUGAAUCUACUUUGUAUUUUCAAGUGAAAUGUGUUGAUGCUGGUUUGUGGUUGAAGCAUUUCACACAGCAGCUCUCAGAUAUGCUGGUCUUCUCUGAAGUAGACCUCAGCGGCGUCGAACAUGAUGCUGUUGAUGAUUUCCACCUCCUCGUUGAUGUGCUAAGGCAUGAGCUUUCUGCUGUAAUGUCUGAGAUCAGCAGGAGAUUCGGCAUCAGAGCUCUUCCAGAAAAUGUGGACUUAAAGUUAACUGGGGAUUCUCAGUGCUGA